GAAAAUUCUAAUAAUAUCACCAGAUAGAGUGCUGUAUAUUUUAAUGUGUAAACCAGCAACCAGAGGGGCUGGCAGGGGCUGUCGCCCCGGGCUCCGCAAAGCUUGAAUAUUCAAAAAAUGCUCACCUUUUACUGCCCGUAAGUGCAUUUCAGUUCCCGGGCCGCCAAAAGCUUUAAUCCGCCCCUGGAUAGAUUCGCUUACUGUUCGCUAUCGUAAAGUACUUUGCCAUCUAUUUAGUUAAUCUGAUUACGUAUUUUGGUAAUUUACAGACCGAAAACAUAUUUUGUGAGGAGGUUUAUAUUUUCACCAGAUGAGGACACCCGUCCCGUUGUGCUUCCAGAUAUGGAGACGCAAUUUGAACAGCUGCAAAAUGACCUACUAGAGGCAGAUGCAACCUUUUUACGAGAAAAGGUUGAAAAGUUGAGUAGAUACCAGUUAUCGAUAUUCACGUUAAUUGCUAUGAGACACCAUAACUACCCUACGAAGGACGAAUAUUUGAGGCAUCUGGAAAGCAGGUUGAAUGGGUCAAAAAAGCACCUCUCCCUGGAAGAAUUCUUGGAACAAAUCCCAGACCCGGAAAAGCAUUUUAGUAAUCCCAAUCGGGCAAACCCACUAAACCAGCCCGGUGUGAGCCCAAUAGAUAUUCGGUACGCUUUUGAAUUGAAAGAAAAAGAAUUUGACCGAAACAGUUCGCCAUCUGCAUCAGGUGUCAAAGGGUAUGAAAACAGCACGACCAGUUGAAGAAUGGCCCGAUUGUAAAUAUCUGCAGUUGUUGCAAGAGGUUGCCUAUGUGAACCAUAAGAAUCUGAUUAAGGCCCACCUGGAGGAUGAGAAGCAGACCUAUGAAGAGUUUAGGGCCGCGUGCAGCCAAUUGGGCUGGCUGGAAGUUUGCGGAGUUUGCGACGCACGGUUGACGUCCGAAGAGUGCUUCUACUGCAACGAAAGUUGCACAUUUUGCAUAGAGUGCGUUAGAAAAUACGCAGAGGAUCGAAUUAAGGAGGAUCACACCACAUUUCCGUGUUGCAAUGCAUGCGACUCGGUAUUCGAAAUUCAUAUUUUGCAGAUGGCAUUCCCGAAAGCAGUGUUUAGACGAUUGUGGCUGAAGAUUCAAAGAGAGGAAUUAGAAAAAGCUGAAGUAGAUUUAAUCGUGUCGUGUCCAUUCUGUGAGUUCGUUGUGACGCCUCUUGCAGAAGCCAGUGUGUUUAAAUGCGGCAAAGAAUCCUGCCGCCUAUGCACACGUAAAUCACAUAUACCCACACGAUGCAGUGAAGUUCCAUUAGACAAGGAGGUACAAAUAAGGACAUUCCUUGAGGACAAAUGGACUGAAGCGGUUACGAGGACUUGCUUCAGUUGCAAGAAGAGCUUUAUAAAAACCAGGGGUUGCAACAAAAUGACCUGCACUUGUGGCGCGUCGAUGUGCUAUAUUUGCUCGCAGCUCAUUAGUGGCUAUGAACAUUUUGACGUGCUAGACGGAAAGUGUGACUUGAUGCGUGAUGAAUCUGACAUCAAUCGAGAGUGGGUGAGAAAACACGUGGAAAGUGCCAAACGUGCAUUGGCCGCAAAAUUGAAGCAGAGCAUCCCCCAAGGAAAACCAGUUAUGUCUUCCAGCCAGUUCGCACGCAAGAACUUUUCUAGUUCUAGUAUCUAGAAGACCGGAGCUAAUUUGAAUUAGUUUUUGUUUCAGGAGAGUAUAAAUUACUUAGUUUUUGUAUACUUUUUGUCCAUACAGGGUGUCCCGUAAACACAGUAUCAAAAGGGUACAGCUAUAUUCUUUAGAUCAAACGAAGACGCUCUGGCCUGACUUUUACUAGGCAAAAAUAUCGCAACAAAGUUUAGUUGAAUUUUAAUUAAAUUCGCUGUAAAUUUGUUCGUAUGUAAGGCUUAUGAUGUGACGCAACAACCGAGUUCAUCCGCUUGGACAAGUGGUGAAUUCUUGAGUGUCUUGGUACAAAAGCUACCUGAACUUUUUAUUUG